CAGGCAUGUUCCAACAUAUCCAGGCGGCAGACGCGAUGUGGAUGUGAUCAAUGGACACAUGACGCGGAUGUGACUUCGUCUCUCCGAGCUGUCCCACGCGGUGGCGCGUCCCCAUGUCUCUCCCGGCCAAAGUGUCGAGGGACGGGCUGCUGGAGAAGCGCAGCGGCGGCCUCCUCCAGCUGUGGAAGAAGAAACGCUGCGUGUUGACGGAGGAAGGUCUGCGGCUGCAGAGAUGCAAAGGAGGCCCCGCCGACGCUCCGUGCGCGGCUUGGGGCUCCAGAGCCAAAGAGCUGCCGUUCGAAGGCAUGGUGACGGUGGACUGCGUGGAGUACAAGCGGGGCUUGGUGUACUUCACUGUGGUCAUGGCCACCGGGGAGGAGAUCGAUUUCCGCUGUCCGCAGGACGGUACGGCGUGGAACGCAGAGAUCGCCUUGGCUCUGGUCCGGUUUAAGAACCUGCAGGCGGUGCAGACCGGGAGGAAGAGGCUGCUCUCUACGGCGCACCUGGGUAGCACCGGGGAGGAUGAGGAGCUAUGACGGGGUGAGAACGUGAAGACCGUGAGCUUUUCUACUGCCUGGAAAUGAACCAUCCAAGAAGAGAUGAUGAUGAAGACAUUCUUGUUGAGCUCCUCCAUGAACUUUUCAUGAUGGCAUGAGUCCAUAUCUCCUCUAAAGUUGUGAGAUGUUAUUUCCAACUAUGUGGAUAAUGUAAAGGAAAAUAAGCCCUUUAUCAAACAAAUCUACUUCUUUCACCCUUUGUGCCUUUGAUAUUUCACAAGCAUCUUCUAUACUCUAGGAUAUUAUUUCCCCUCCUUUUUCUAACAUUACCAAAACAAGUCACUUUAUGUCUUAAGUCUUUGCUUUUGAUCGGGGAAAAUGCUGUUUGACUGACUUUUUAAAACUUACAGCAAAAGACUGAACACACCUGCACGUUUUUUUUUGUUUUUUUUUGAGCUAACAUGAAGUAUAACUAUUUUGCUCACAUUUAUCGUGUAUUCCCAAUGUUGUACAGUUUAAAACACUUCAAUAAAAUAAUGAAUGCGGUCCAA